AGUGCUCAAUGUUAAAGUCGGAUCUAAAGAAAGGUAUGCUAGAAAUAAAAAAAAUAACAAUAGCCUCAUGAAAUUAAACUCUGAUGAGUCUUUUAUAGUGGAGUUGACAACCUACUUAUUUUGCCACUUUUCAAUUUCUGCUUACCAUAUGAUUCAUGACUCAGAAAAAUAAAAUUAAAUUGUAACUCUGCUAAUCAAACUAUAAAUUACACUUAUGUAUAUGUUAGAUCGAAUUUAUUUCGGAAGUUCGAGGAGAAGUAAAUAAUAUUCAGAAGCAUGGUUGUCAUGCCGGUGGCAUGCCACCCGGUUGAACCUGGUUCAACCUGUGCUGGUCAUGAAACCGGCAUGACAUCACCGGUAUGACCGAUUUACUUAUUCUAAGUAAAAUGACAUCAUUUUAAUGAAUUUAAUGAAUACAAAAAUUAAUUUAUUAUUCAUUUUAUGAAUGUAAUAGUUAAAAGUUGAUGAUAUUUGUUGGGUUGUAACUCAAUUGUCCACAAAUAUGUUUAAAUACAUUGGAUAUUAAUUGUUUUCACAUUUUUUUAAACCGGCAUGAACAGACACAAACUGGUUAUACCACCGGUCGUACCAUUCCACUUGCCAAACCGGCACAACGGUAUAAACCAGUUUGACAACCUUAUCAGAAGGAAAUAAAUUAUUUAAGGGUCAUCGCCCAGAUAUUAUCGAUCUAGCCGGUUCCGGGUUGGGAACCUGGGGGCGCUCCUCCAACGUCUCUGUUCUCCACAAGUCUCAUUACCUGCAUCCAUGCAAUUGAUAUCACACACAUCAAUGUCGUUGAAGCUAAAUAAAGACAUGGUGGGAGAGUGCUUAAAUAUACAAUGUAAAUUAAUAAACUGGGUUCGAUUCAUACUUCCGUAUAAUUAGCCUGGUUUAAAGAUGAAUAUGAUCCGCCCACGGAUUCAAGAUUUUCUCCUAUUGUUGAUGGUUGAUUAGAGAAGCCGAUCAUUCUCUGAGUCGAGAUCGGAUGCUUCAUUAGCAAGAUAUUAUUCUCUUCAAGUUAAACUCGCACAGAUUUAUUUUUGGAUUUUUUGACAAAACGCCUCCUGCUAAUUAAGAUUGAUGGACACUUAUAUACAAGGGUCCUUACCCUGUACGCUCAAUGAGGUACUUGAAUUUUACCAUAAUGAUCCUCCUCUCAAUACAAGAAUCACGAGUUUCAUGUCUUCUCCUUCGUGAUUAUCUAUAUAUGCCAGAUACCUUAUAUCGACGUUCUCUUCAACACAGGGAUUUACCUGCAGAUGCAAAUCUGCUUUAGAUCCGCCAGACAAAUGCAGAUAUCAAAUCAUGAGGUCACAAAAUGAGGGUUCAUCAAACUAAUAAUGUUCACCACCUGGAUUCGAACUCCCACACCAUACUCUGACAUCCCUUGUUAAUCACGAAUGCUCAAGUCCGCACAUAUUUAAUUUUGGAUUCUUUCCCAAAAAGUCUCUUCCUAUCUAUUCUCUAUAGCAAUGGAGGUUUUUUCGCGUUUGAUUGAUCAAUCAGCUGCUAGGGGUUUGUGCCCAUAUCAUCCUAUGUGUAAGGGCAUACAGUUAACCCAUUUAUGCUUUGCGGAUGACCUUUUGGUCUUCUCGGAUGGCUCAAAUUUUGGAAUUCAAGAUUUGCAGAGAAUUCUAGCUCAAUUUAAGAAGGUUUCUGGCCUGAAAUCAAACCCUAGCAAGUGUGAAGUCUUCUUUGGCGGACUUGAAACAGUUGAGAGACAAGUUAGAGCUGCCAGAUAUGGAUAUCAACUAGGUGAAUUUCUUGUCCGAUACCUAGGGGUUCCUCUGAUUUCAGGGAAACUCAGUCUGGCUGCUUGUCAACCUCUCAUUGACAAAAUGGUUGCUAAAGUUAAAAGUUGGCAGGCUAAAGCUCUCUCGUAUGAAGGCAACAUUGAGCUAGUUGGGAAAGUCUUUUACAGCCUAACUCAAUUCUGGAUGUCAGUUUUUCUAUUACCUAAAUCUGUUAUUAAGGAGGUGGAAAGAAUCUGUAGCAACUUCAUAUGGGGAGUUGGAGAGGGAUUGAAGCUCAGAGCUAAUGUGGUGUGGCAGAAGCUUACUUACCCGAAAAAAGGAGGCCUUGGGUUUAGGGAUCUGUGGAGUUGGAACCAGGCCUGCAUGACUAGGCAUAUAUGGCUGAACUCCUAAAAGAAGGCUCACUUUGGGUUGCUUGGAUAAACAGGUACAAGCUGAAGGGCAAAGAUUUUUGGAGAUACACUUGCACAUCUGGGUCCUGGAACUGGCACAAGUUACUGAAGUUGAGGGAGAAAGUUGAAGCUCUCAUUUCAAUCAGGGGGGGCUUCUUCUCAUGAACAAAGCCCAAUGCCUUCAUACUCUAUCAAGCGGGUUUGGUAUCUUCUACGACAUGUUCAUCAGACUGUAGACUGGUGGAAACUUGUUUGGAAAGGCAAGGCUAUUCCUCAAAACCGUGUUAUCACCUGGCUUGUUAUAAGAGGUAGCAUAAACACAAAGGUUAAGAUGCAAAAGUGGGGAUUUGGGGGAAAUAUGGCAUGUUGUCUGUGUGAUGCAGGGGUUGAAGACAGAGAUCAUAUCUAUGUCCAUUGUCUGUUCUCUAGACAGAUUUUUUAGUCUCUUUUUUGCAGAUUUAUGCAGAUCCCUACGUCACAGGGAUGAGAAGACGAACUUAUUCUGAUGAUUUCAAAGGUUGGUAUCAUGACAGAGGCUGCUGAAACAGGGAGGAUCAUCUGGCAGGCAUGGGUGAGCCAUAUUUGGAGGGAAAGAUGUCAUCGCUUGUACUCAGCUGAGAAUCGAGAUUGUUGCACACUGUUGAAGACAAUUAAAGCUGAAGUUGAAUGUGUGCUGAGUUAUCAACGAGUUAGUCCAUUCUGGGUCGUGUAAAUUUUUACUUUCUGUGUCAGUAGCUCUUGAGUAGAACUGUAACUUGACAGAUUGUCACUAGCCUCGUGGUUGGAAUCUCACCUAGCUAACAAGGUUGUAGCUAGCACCCCCUUUUUUUAUGAAUAAGAACCCACCGAUUCAUAAAAAAAGGGUUAAUAUUUUCGUAUGGCCUGAACUUUGACCAAAAUAAACAUCCUUGCCAAUCUUUUCGAUCUAUAACAUCCUGGCCCGAACUAUACACCAAAAUAAACAAUUUGGCCAAAUCCGAUGUUUGACCGUUAACUUGGACGGUCAAACGCGUUGACUAACAAUCAACGCGCCACGUCACUGCCAAGUCAGAAGAUCUGAUAAAUAUUUAAUUUUUUCGUUUUUUAUUUUUGGUUUAACUAAGGUAUUAGAUGAUUUUUUUUAAUUUAUAAUAAUUUAAAAUUAGGGAAUGUGUGGAAAUUGUGAAUUAUUUUAAAUAUUUAUGCUGACUUGGCAGUGAAAUGGCGCGUUGACUAUCAAAGUUAACGGUCAAAAGUCGGAUCUGGCCAAAUUGUUUAUUUUGGUGUAUAGUUUGGGCCAAGAUGUUAUAAAUCGAAAAGAUUGGCCAGGAUGUUUAUUUUGGUCAAAGUUCAGGCCAUACGAAAUAAAAUAAAAAUUCUCUUCCUAAUAUAGUUUGGAUAACACUUAUAUACAAGAUUCAUUGUCAUUGUUUGUGUUGAUGUGAAUUGUGAUAUUUGGAUUGUAAGAUAACACUCCAUAUUAUAAAUGGCUCUAUCAGAC